AUGGCUCUACGACUCGCAACACGGCGCUUCACGCCGCUCGUCUUCCGCCGCGGCAUGGCGACGCCGACGACGACCAACGAGCUCACCAACGCCGCGGGAUCCACCACCGCCGCGGCCACGCCCAUUCCCGCCAGCAAGACGACCCCCGCGCAGGAGCCCGCCAUGGACGCCGAAGCCAAGACCAAGACCUUCCAGAUCUACCGGUGGAAUCCUGACCAGCCGGCGGAGAAGCCGCGCAUGCAGUCCUACACCCUCGAUCUGAACAAGACGGGCCCCAUGAUGCUCGACGCGCUGAUUCGCAUCAAGAACGAGGUCGACCCGACGUUGACCUUCCGCCGGAGUUGUCGCGAGGGAAUCUGUGGCAGCUGUGCCAUGAACAUUGACGGCGUCAACACUUUGGCUUGCUUGUGCCGCAUCCCCACCGACACGGCCAAGGAAUCCCGUAUCUACCCCCUCCCUCACACCUACGUCGUCAAGGACCUCGUUCCCGAUAUGACGCAGUUCUACAAGCAGUACAAGUCCAUCAAGCCAUACCUGCAGAGAGACACCGCUCCACCAGAUGGCAAGGAGAACCGACAGUCGGUCGCCGACCGCAAGAAGUUGGACGGCCUCUACGAGUGCAUUCUCUGUGCCUGCUGCAGCACAUCAUGCCCUUCAUACUGGUGGAACAGCGAGGAGUACCUCGGACCCGCCGUCCUUCUCCAAUCAUACCGAUGGAUCAACGAUUCCCGUGACGAGCGCACCGAGCAGCGCAAGGAUGCCCUCAACAACAGCAUGAGCUUGUACCGAUGCCACACCAUUCUCAACUGCAGCAGAACGUGCCCCAAGGGCUUGAACCCGGCAUUGGCAAUUGCUGAGAUCAAGAAGAGCAUGGCUUUCACGUAA